AUAUUUUUAGUUUCAGAACUCUCUCGCGAAGAAGCACUCUUUAGCUACGAAAGAAUUGGCCACUUUCAUGAGACCUUCUCUCACGAAGUCUUCAUAUUUGGUGGUGAUGACCCAUUGGCCUUUAGAGUUAUUGUCUUUAAUAUCAAAGAGUUUACUACGCUACAGGUAAGCAUAGUUCAUAAAGUGACAGUGUCAAUUGUCAAUUAUUAAUGGCAAGCUCUCUUGGAGUUGAAUUUUAAAGAACAAUAUCCUUGUUAAAGGAGCUUUGUCACAAAAUUCAGACAAAGUAGGUAAUUACAAAAUGCCCGUUAAAUUGAGAGAAACAUAAAAUCAACCACCUAAAACAUUAAAGGAAGGUUAAAAUAACACAACAGAAACAACAGAUUCCACGGAUGGGCAAAACUGAAGAAGAUUGAAAUGGAUUGCAAUUAGGGUUUUUGAAAACUGUUCAGCCUAACAGUUUUUCAAAGUUGAUCCCUGCUGCUUGCAACUUCAUAAAUAAUGCUCAGGAGACAUAUUUAUUUGUUUCUGAUCUCUGAUAUUUGUCAUUUACAUGUAAUUUCUGUGCUUACUUUAAGUUACAAAGUGAUUGAGGGCGAGUAAUUGGCAAAAUUAAGCAAACUGAACUGGACUGCCAUGACACAGCCCCUUUAAGAAGGAAAUUAAAUUUAGGCGCCGCUUGUUUACCAGCCUCCAUAAACCGUGAAAUUAGGCAUUUUCAUGUUGUAGUCGUGCAAUGACGGCAGAGAAAUGUACAGGAAAAGUGUGAUGCAUGUUCGACGUUGUUGUUUUGCGUACUAAACCUGUUGCUUUUUUUACGUUUUCGUUGCCGUUGCCUUCUUUGGAUCUUAAGGUCCCUGAUACUUUCUUUAGGGCCUUGACCGGGCCAGCACAGUGUUCUAGCCUCAGAUAUAUUUCAGCUCGUUUAAGACCGGACUAAAAAUAUAAAUUUCACGAUUUUCAUUGCUGCAGUUCUGAAAGUUCUUUUCCUAUAAACGUACUGAGUCUCUAGACACCAUUUCUCAAAACAGGUCGAAACGUUUCUUUAAACUAAAAUGCUUGCUUAGCUGGAAAAGUUUUUGUAUUGGCUAACGGACUCAGGGUGUCAUGGGGAGAAUCCCCCAAUGCCUUGCGCGUGCACUGCAUGGCAGUGAACUUCUCAUUUUACAACAGCGCUCGUAAUAGGCCCUUUGCAGCUAUUAAUUGACGUGGUACAAAACCACCAUGCUAGAGAGAAAGUUAUCCAUUGGGACAAGACAAACAAAAAGCUUGCAUCAUUUAAAAAUGGUAAUUGAUUUUUGUCUUGUAAAUUGUCUUCUCCCAGUCCGUCUGUUGCUCUUUAGCGUGGCGGUUGUGUACCACGUGAAUGGCUAUAUGCGAAGGGUCUAUUGCACUGCAAGGCAUGACACUGAACAGAGCUGCUCUGCACACAGGCAGGACACCGCUUAUUACGCCUUUUAAUGGUAUGAGUUAUUCUUUUAAUUUUAUUUCACAGAUUUCGUUUACUCAGAAGCCUAAAUUUCUUAUCCUUAACUUUUUCAUCACGUUUUUUGCGUAAGUAUUGUCGCUGUAAUUUUUGAGGCCUUUCUGCAAUUUUGUCAAUAGUUUCUCCCCUUCGUUUUUAUUUUAUUUUAUUUUAUUUAUUUUCAAUUAAUUGAUUAAUUGAUAUAUUGAUUUUUUCAAUUUCUGUGGGUGACUAAACAAAUCAUGCCAUUUGAAAUUUAAAAUCGAUCUUCUCGCGAGUUCAGGGCUUUCAGGGAAUUGUUCAAAAAGAAGUUCCUUGCCAAAGUCGUUAAAAGCAAGAAAUUGAUGCGUGGUUUCGUUAACUGACCUAUACAAGUACUUUUGUAAUUAGCAAAACAUGCUUUAGUGUAUCAUUCUAUCUUGGCAAAAACAAAAAAAAAGAAAAAGAGAAAAAAGCAAGAAACAUAGGGAGAAAUAACAAUUUAAAAGGGGAAUAUUUUAAGCCUGCAAAAGACUUGAAAGAUUAUGUGAAUUGCGAAGUUUUUGGCAAUUCACUGUAAUAAAUGGUCACCAUAUUGUUUACCGGCGCAUAGUGCCAGAUACUUUGUCGGUAUUUGCUGCGAGUGUUGUUUGGUUCACUGGUCUCCCGGAUUGCCAGUCUGUCUUUGUUACUGGUUGUAUCAUAAUUUUAUUCCUUUUUGUAGGUGUUUCUUCUCACUGUUGUUCGUAGUGGGUUUGGCAUGGAAGAUCAAGGUCCGAUAUUCAACCUACAUGAUGGCAAGAGUAAGUCUAAGUAGUCAACGCAACGUAUCCGAAGCACUAGUUUACGGAAGUAUCAAGUUCCAGCUUAGAUGAAGUAGAUCCUUUACCAUGCGAAACAGUUAGACUUAACACGAGUCGACUGGAUAAGCAGAAAUCGAAACGGGCUUUGAGAAAGUCUAGUAACGGUAGACACCCAAAAUAGGCUGUUAGAAGUCCUUCGUUAGGGCGUUAUGUCCAUAUAUGUAUAAGAAAUUUCAGCUCGGCAGCUCAUCCAAGGUGUAAUUCUUUUUCGUGAAAAUAGAACCGACUGACUCAUGAUUUCCAAGUCUCGCCAAAACUCGACUCAGCUGACUGGAAAAAGACGGCUUCCAGGUUUAAGCCUAAAAUAAUCCUAAUUUUAAUUUGAGGAGCUGUGUCCCAAUUUUCUUAGUAUUAUCUUAAAAGCCUGAAAACACAUUGGGAUGGAGGUAGCCUGAGAAAACAGCCUACAUUUCGCGACGCCACCACUGGUUUCCCCGCAAAGUGAAGUCUGAGCAACGACUACAAAAUUCCAUGCUGAUGACCCAGACCUAGUUAGUGCUCCUGAUUGGUGGAGUCGCGAGAGAAAGUUACUUCGACCAGUCAGGACCACUACCCAGAUCUGGGUAGUGAACGUUAUCAGUAAGAAAUUUCUGCGGUCUUUGCUCAGACGUCAUUUCGCUGGAAUACCGGUGGUGUCGUCGUGAAAUCUGGGCUGUUUUCUCAGGCUAUAAAUAAGACUCGUGAACAAUGGUUUAUUCAAAAUAACACUCUACUACUAUACCUCAACGAUGACUAUAUCUCUUUGGCCUUCGGUGGCCAGAAUGGAAACGGAUUGCAACAUGUAAAAAUUGAGUCAACUUUUUAGAGUUCCAAGAAUGGAAAAAGGCGACUGAGUACACUUACAGCUUUAGUUAUAGUUUCAGCUCAGCUUUGAUCAAACAUAGGUGGAACUUACCAUGACACAGAUCUUUUAAACUUUGAUUAAAAUCUCUGAGAACACAAACAGUAUUUUCAACGAAGGCAAUGUAAAAGUUAAAUUGAUGUGUGGGGGGAUGGUUAGUCCACGAGAAGUUUGACAUGAAACUCAAGUUGUGACGUAACCACAUUUAAUUCUGGCAUUGCAUUGUUUAAAGCAGUUUCUGUUGUUUCAAGUCAGCAGUACCUUAAUUUUUCGGAAAAGUGCGAUACAAAUUCAAAAUACGACAGAAUACUGGAUAGCUACUCCACGGUAAGCAAUCAAGCCCUAAGCUUUCCAACCAACUUUUCGGUUUUUUGAGAACUCCUUUUUGCAUUCACUUUCAUUUAAAUACAGGUAUAAUGGGUUGGCAAAGUACAUACUUUUUGAAGCUAGGGCUUUAUUGAAAACGAUUCUUGUAUCUAACAUACUGAGCUUUGUUUCAAUUACACAAUACAGGAAAGUGAUGUUUAUGAUUCCAUUUUUUUUUUUCUGAAACCAUAGCAAUUCUGUCCAUAGAUCUGAUUUUUCGAGAUAUAAAGUAAUCAACCAUUUCUUUGCAGCAUCGUGUUGAAGAGAUGAAGGUGAUGGCUAGCCGACCGUUCGCCAAAGUUAGUUUAGCUGUCACAGAU